AUGACUGCCUGGAUCGUCCUGCCGGUCAGCCUGUCUGCCUUCUCCAUCACAGGAAUAUGGAUAGUGUAUGCCAUGGCUGUUAUGAAUCGCCAUGUUUGUCCUGUGGAGAACUGGUCCUACAAUAUAACAUGCACAGAAGAGCUUCUCCGACCAGGCUUGCCCAAGACCUGCUGCACCAUCCAGGACAUCCCCCUCAUCAGUAAAUGUGGUUCUUACCCUCCUGAAAGCUGCCUGUUUAGCCUCAUCGCCAAUGUUGGAGCCUUUAUGGUGGUGAUGGUGUGCCUUUUGCGCUACGCCCAGGUGAUAGAACACAGCCACAGAUGUUGGGUAAACACCAGCGCGCUGGUGUCAGGCUGCACCAACGCAGUGGGUCUGGUAAUGGUGGGCAACUUCCAGGUUGACCACGCCAAGUCUCUUCACUACGUGGGCGCCGGCGUGGCCUUUCCAGCAGGGCUGCUCUUCGUGUGCUUACAGUGCGUGCUCACCUAUCGGGUGGCCGUCACCGCCCUCGACUAUUGGAUGGCCCAUUUCCGUGUGACUCUGGCCCUCGCAGCCAUGGUCUCCCUCGUACUCAGCGGCAUCUUCUUUGUGCAUGAGAGCUUCACACUCCAGCACGCCGCAGCCAUCUGCGAGUGGGUCUUCACCGUGGACAUCCUGGUCUUUUACGGCACCUUCACCUACGAGUUCGGCACGGUCACCGGCGAGACCAUGAUAGCCGGCCUGCAACAGUGUCUCCACCACGGCUCGGGGGUGAUGUUAGGCCCCAGGACCAGGGACUCGGCACUGAGCGGGGCGACCAAGGGUCUCAAGUCACCCGGGGGUAGCAGCACAUCCACGCAUCUCAACUGUACCCCUGAGAGUAUAGCCAUGUUGUGA